UAAAGAUGAACCAAAUUUCAGACUCCAAUAUGUCGACAGAGCUGGAAAAUAGCUUUGAGGAAGAAAUCGAUCUAAGAGAUGAAUUAAGUAAACUUAGCAUUCAUCUCAGGACAAAUACUGAAUACUGCAUGAGAAGAGAACAAGAAAUUCCAGCCUACCUGGAAGUUGACGGGCUUGCUCUAGGAUUUGAGGAAGUUUACAAGGAGAAAAAUGAGCUCAUGGACACCCUUAAUAAAUACCAGGCAGGAAUGGUGGAACUUGGAAGAGAAAUAAAGAAUCAACAAUCAACAAGAACUGAAGCUGAUGCUAAUAUCAAGCAAGUAGCGGAUCUGAGAAAACUGUGCGAGACUAAGAUUAGUGACUUACGAAGAAUACAGAUGGAUCUUGAUGUCCUGAAGAAACAAGAAAUGGAGAGGAAGAAUGGAUCCAAGGACAAAUUGGAGGAGUUGGAGCAGGAGAUAAGGAAUGAGGCUUCAAGUCUUGGUUUAGAAUUUAUGAGAACAUCUCAUGGUUCCCUCAUUCUCUGCUUCACAUCUAUCAGUAGAUCGGACCCAGAAAAAAAAUACUUCUGUGAAGUGAAGGUUUCUGAGAGAAAAUAUCACUGUCUUCAGACCACACCUGCUCUUCAAGAUAUAGAUACCUUAAUAUCGACUCUGAAUCAAUCCAAUGAUUUCUCUGGGUUCUGUGUCUCUCUAAGGAAAAGAUUCUCUGCUCUUUCUUAAACCUAACUGUAUCAGUGUAUGGGCAAUAUGGAACUUUUUUAAAUUUUAAGAUAACUCAUUGAACUUAUGAACUUUUUAAAUAAUGUAAAAAUUUCGGUCUACAAAAAACGUUUUUUUAAUAGUUAAUAAAGUUAUAAUAAGAUUAUGUUCUAUACUUUUGAACUAUUUAACGGAUUAAUCUAUUAAGAGUUCUAAAAUAUUUUAGAUUUUGCAAUUUAAAUUUUGAAGUUAACGAAAAACAUUCGGUUUCAGUUUAAGUACGCUGUUAUGAACAUCAACGAAAAGUAAUGAACAGUUUUUAUCAAGUUGAUUUGUUUAUGGUUUAGAAAGGGACUUUUAAGAUUGCAUGCUUCCAGUUUUAUUUAGAAAUAAAAUUCAAGUAUAA